UUCUGUGCUGUGUCCAUCACACCCCGAAUUGGCUGUUUCGUAGUGGUUUCGUUGGGAUAAUCGAAUAUUUUGCAGCCAUGAUCAUUCCAAUGCCAGCAAUGGGCCCUAUGGGUGGACCGCCAACUCCCUAUGCGUUGGCAAGGCGGCCAUGGGUUCAGUGCAUCCUGGUGCUACAAAGCCUCUGCUGUUUGGCGAGAAUGGUGGUUUUCUUGGACAUCAUGGGAGCGUUCCUGAUGGCCAUUAUGAUAGCUGUUGGCUUCUGUGCCAUACGGGAGGAUUUCAAUGUACAGCUUCUUUGCUAUUGGGGCCUCAUGUGCCUGAUCAAUGGCUCCUUUGACUUGGUCAAGCUGAUUGACGUUCUGGUGAAGUCACAUAUGCCGCUCUUCUCGUCGAAGUUCUCACAAGAGUACAAUAUAGCGAAUGCCAUUGCUUUGUCCAUACCAGUGACAACAUUGCUGGGAGUUCCUUUGGCAUGGUGGAUCUACAGGGACUGGGCAGCUGGCGGCGAAGCCGACCAGCUGCCUGGGCCAGGGAUGAGGGUCUCGCAAGGUGAAGCUCCAAAUGAGACUUCCAGUCUUCUUGGCGGUCGAGGCAGCGCACAGUUCACAGCAUUCGAAGGCCAGGGUCGACGCCUGGGAUCUGGCUGAGUAUCCAUUUGUGGGUCACAGGGACACGGUAGAGUUUCCUCCACGCCUCAAAGGCGCAACACGGUGACGUGUCGGAAAA